AUGUUCUUUAGUGAGGAGGCCAUGGAGUUUGACCUGCCAGACAAGCUCAGGGUGUCUCAUGUGGCGCGGGACUGCAAGGUACACUUAUAUAACAUGCUCUAAAAGUCAUCAUCUGAUAUGACAGUUGAAUAAAAAUGUAAUAUAAAUGUGUUGGCUCCACCAUAGAGAUCCUAUUCAAUUUAAAGAAUGUUCAUGUCCAUUCUAGUGUUCGAAUUCCUAAUUCAAAUCAAAUCAAAUUUUAUUGGUCACAUGCGCCGAAUACAACAGGUGCAGACAUUACAGUGAAAUGCUUACUUACAGCCCUUAACCAACAGUGCAUGUAUUUUUAACAAAAAAAGUAAAAAUAAAACAACAAAAAAAGUGUUGAGAAAAAAAAGAGCAGAAGUAAAAUAAAGUGACAGUAGGGAGGCUAUAUAUACAGGGGGGUACCGCUGCAGAGUCAAUGUGCGGGGGCACCGGCUAGUUGAGGUAGUUGAGGUAAUAUGUACAUGUGGGUAGAGUUAAAGUGACUAUGCAUACAUAAUUAACAGAGUAGCAGCAGCGUAAAAAGGAUGGGGUGGGGGGGCAUUGCAAAUAGUCCAUGAUUAGCUGUUCAGGAGUCUUAUGGCUUGGGGGUAGAAGCUGUUGAGAAGUCUUUUGGACCUAGACUUGGCACUCCGGUACCGCUUGCCGUGCGGUAGCAGAGAGAACAGUCUAUGACUAGGGUGGCUGGAGUCUUUGACAAUGUUGAGGGCCUUCCUCUGACACCGCCUGGUAUAGAGGUCCUGGAUGGCAGGAAGCUUGGCCCCAGUGAUGUACUGGGCCGUACGCACUACCCUCUGUAGUGCCUUGCGGUCGGAGGCCAAGCAGUUGCCAUACCAGGCGGUGAUGCAACCAGUCAGGAUGCUCUCGAUGGUGCAGCUGUAUAAUUUUUUGAGGAUCUGAGGACCCAUGCCAAAUCUUUUCAGUCUCCUGAGGGGGAAUAGGCUUUGUCGUGCCCUCUUCACGACUGUCAUGGUGUGUUUGGACCAUGAUAGUUUGUUGGUGAUGUGGACACCAAGGAACUUGAAGCUCUCAACCUGUUCCACUACAGCCCCGUCGAUGAGAAUGGGGGCGUGCUCAGUCCUCUUUUUUUUCCUGUAGUCCACAAUCAUCUCCUUUGUCUUGGUCACGUUGAGGGAGAGGUUGUUGUCCUGGCACCACACAGCCAGGUCUCUGACCUCCUCCCUAUAGGCUGUCUCAUCAUUGUCAGUGAUCAGGCCUGCCACUGUUGUGUCGUCGGCAAACUUAAUGAUGGUGUUGGAGUCGUGCCUGGCCAUGCAGUCAUGGGUGAACAGAGAGUAAAGGAGGGGACUGAGCACGCACCCCUGAGGGGCCCCCGUGUUGAGGAUCAGUGUGGCAGAUGUGUUGUUACCUACCCUUACCACCUGGGGGCGGCCCGUCAGGAAGUCCAGGAUCCAGUUGCAGAGGGAGGUGUUUAGUCCCAGGAUCCUUAGCUUAGUGAUGAGCUUAGAGGGCACUAUGGUGUUGAAUGCUGAGCUGUAGUCAAUGAAUAGCAUUCUCACGUAGGUGUUCCUCUUGUCCAGGUGGGAAAGGGCAGUGUGGAGUGCAAUAGAGAUUGCAUCAUCUGUGGAUCUGUUGGGGUGGUAUGCAAAUUGGAGUGAGUCUAGGGUUUCUGGGAUAAUGCUGUUGAUGUGAGCCAUGACCAGCCUUUCAAAGCACUUCAUGGCUACAGACGUCAGUGCUACGGGUCGGUAGUCAUUUAUGCAGGUUAUCUUAGAGUCCUUGGGCACGGGGACUAUGGUGGUCUGCUUGAAACAUGUUGGUAUUCCAGACUCAGUCAGGGACAUGUUGAAAAUGUCAGUGAAGACACUUGCCAGUUGGUCAGCACAUGCUCGGAGUACACGUCCUGGUAAUCCGUCUGGCCCUGCGGCCUUGUGAAUGUUGACCUGCUUAAAAGUCUUACUCACAUCGGCUACGGAGAGCGUGAUCACAUAGUCAUCCGGAAUAGCUGGUGCUCUCAUGCAUGCUUCAGUGUUGCUUGCCUCGAAGCGAGCAUAGAAGUGGUUUAGCUCGUCUGGUAGGCUUGUGUCACUGGGCAGCUCGCGGCUGUGCUUCCCUUUGUAGUCUGUAAUAGUUUUCAAGCCCUGCCACAUCCGACGAGCGUCAGAGCCAGUGUAGUACCAUUCAAUCUUAGUCCUGUAUUGACUCUUUGCCUGUUUGAUGGUUAGUCGGAGAUCAUAGCGGGAUUUCUUAUAAGCGUCCGGGUUAGAGUCCCGUUCCUUGAAAGCGGCAGCUCUACCCUUUAGCUCAGUGCGGAUGUUUCCUGUAAUCCAUGGCUUCUGGUUGGGGUAUGUACGUACGGUCACUGUGGGGACGACAUCAUCGAUGCACUUAUUGAUGAAGCCAGUGACUGAUGUGGUGUACUCCUCAAUGCUGUCUGAAGAAUCCCGGAACAUGUUCCAGUCUGUGCUAGCAAAACAGUCCUGUAGCUUAGCAUCUGCGUCAUCUGACCACUUUUUUAUUAACCGAGUCACUGGUGCUUCCUGCUUUAGUUUUUGCUUAUAAGCAGGAAUCAGGAGGAUACAGUUAUGGUCAGAUUUGCCAAAUGGAGGGCGAGGGAGAGCUUUGUAUGCGUCUCUGUGUGUGGAGUAAAGGUGGUCUAGAGUUUUUUUUCCUCUGGUUGCACAUUUAACAUGCUGGUAGAAAUUAGGUAGAACGGAUUUAAGUUUCCCUGCAUUAAAGUCCCCGGCCACUAGGAGCGCUGCAUCUGGAUGAGCGUUUUCCUGUUGAUUUAUGGCCUUGUACAACUCAUUCAGUGCAAUCUUAAUGCCAGCAUUGGUUUGUGGUGGUAAAUAGACAGCUAUGAAAAAUAUAGAUGAAAACUCUCUUGGUAAAUAGUGUGGUCUACAGCUUAUCAUAAGAUACUCUACCUCAGGCGAGCAAAACCUCGAGACUUCCUUAGUAUUUGAUUUUGUGCACCAGCUGUUGUUUACAAAUAUACACAGACCGCCACCCCUUGCCUUACCGGAGUCAGCCGUUCUAUACUGCCGAUGUAGCGUAUAGCCCGCUAGCUGUAUGAAAUCCAUGUCGUCGUUCAGCCACGACUCGGUGAAACAUAAGAUAUUACAGUUUUUAAUGUCCCGUUGGUAGGAUAACCGUAAUCUUAAGUCAUCCAAUUUAUUUUCAAAUGAUUGAACGUUGGCUAAUAGGAUUGAAGGAAGAGGCAGUUUACUCGCUCGCCGUCGGAUCCUUACAAGGCACCCCGAUCUACGUCCACGAUAUCUCAGUCUCUUCCUCACGCGAAUGACGGGGAUUUGGGCCUUGUCGGGUGUCUGUAUGAUAUCCUUCGCGGCCGCCUCGUUGAAGAAAAAAUAUUCGUCCAAUACGAGGUGAGUAAUCGCUGUCCUGAUAUCCAGAAGCUCUUUUUGGUUAUAAAAGACGAUGGUAGAAACAUUAUGUACAAAAUAAAUUACAAAUAACGCGGAAAAACACACAUAAUAGUACAAUUGGUUAGAGGGCUGUAAAACGGCAGCCAUCUUCUCCGGCGCUGUUCUUCUCUUUGAUUCUCUUUAAUUCUAUGGGCUCCACUGACACCGAGCAUGUCUCCCUCCCUGUGGUUGGUUGGUGUGUAGGAGGACAUGGGAGGCCUGAGAACCCUGCAGCAGAAGUGGACGUCCUACCUGAUGGCCCGUCUGGACUGCCCAAUGCCCUUGGAACCUAGCCUGCCAGCCAUCAUUCAGGACGUCUUCCUCCUGAAAGACCAGGAUUGGAGGAAGAGCGUGUUUUACGCUGUUUUCAGCCCGCAGACGUGAGUUCUACCAUUCCUUUAAUAGGACGGUCCAGCAGAAGUGCUAUACUGUCAAAUAUGAGCAUUCUUUGAAAGUGAGUCUGAAUUGAUAUUGGAAUAAUUAAAGGUGUUUUGAUGAUUAUGCGACCACAUCGGACCUCUCUACUGCGUGUGCGUUCAGUGUGGCUGACAUUGGGAGUGAGGGUAGGUAUCUGACUCCGGUGACAAUGGAGUCAGAAACAAGGUGGGUUGCCCACACCGGAGAGCAGCCUGUCCCACGACCUGGAGCAGUGAGUACUUACAUUACUUAUAGAUGAUUAAAUAAAAUGUAGAUUGAUUAAAUUCUGUACUUCUUCCAGAAAUACUGUAAGUGCCAAGUAAUGACAUUGUAUCUAUUCUUGUACAGUGCCCAAUUAAUGUCCAAAACACUUAAUCAAAUGCGGCAUAUACUUUCAGCAUGAGUCCCAAAUGGCACCCUAUUCCCUAUAUAGUGCACUACUUUUGAACAGAUCCCUAUGGGCCUAGGUCAAAAGUAGUGCACUAUAUGGGGAAUAGGGGGCCAUUUGGGACGCAGCCUUAGUUUCAAGAGUGCUUCCAUCAUAGUUAUAGACUUACAGUAUAUUUUACCUAUCUCUCAUAGUUCAAACAUCUCAUCAACUCUCUGGUCAUGUUGUUGUUAAAGUGUAUGAACAAUGCUGCACGGGACCUGGGGGUGGAGCACUCGCUGGACCUCCCUGACAAGACCCUGCAGUUUGUCCGUGACCGGCCACUCAUGGAGGGGGCAGUUCCUCCACUGACCGGGGGUCCACUGGUGCUGCAGAGGGGAGCCAAGUUCUCAGGGAUUGUGGUGGACAGAGUCAUGGCCAUGAAUGGAGAAAUCUACCACGUUAUGUUUAUUGGAACAGGUACUGACUAUUCACAGCCCUUGAUUAUCCCAAUACACACAUUGUGCCUUCAGAAAGUAUUCAUACCCCUUCACUUAUUCAACAUUUUGUUGUGUUACAGACUGAAUUCAAAAUUGAUUUAAAAAAUAAUAAUUCUCACCCAUCUACACACAAUAUACCCUAUAAUGACAAAGUUAAAACAUGGUUUUAGACAUUUUUUUUUUGCAAAUGUAUUGAAAAUGAAAUACAGAAAUAUCUCAUUUACUUAAGUAUUGACACCCCGGAGUCAAUACUUUGUAGAAGCACCAUUGGCAGCGAUUACAGCUUUGAAUCUUUCUGGGAAAGUCUAAGAGCUUUCCCCCAUCUGGAUUGUGCAAUAUUUCCCCAUUAUUAUUUUGAAAACUCUUCAAGCUCUGUCAAAUUGGUUGUUAAUCAUUGCUAGACCACCAUUUUCAGGUCUUGCCAUAGAUUUUCAAACAGUUUAUGUCAAAACUGUAACUUGGCCACUCAGGAACAUUCACUGUCUUAUUGGUAAGCAACUCCAGUGUAGAUUUGGCCUUGUGUUUUAGGUUAUUGUCCUGCUGAAAAGCGAAUUCAUCUUCCAGUGUCUGGUGCAAAGCAGACUGAACCAGGUUUUCCUUUAGGAUUUUGCCUGUGCUUAGUGUUUUGGAAUAUUUUUAUUCUGUACAGGCUUCCUUCUUUUCAUUCUGUCAAUUAGGUUAGUAUUGUGAAGUAACUACAAUGUUGUUGAGCCAUCCUCAGUUUUCUAUCACAGCCAUUCUCUGUAACUCUGUAACUGUUUUAAAGUCCCCAUUGGCCUCAUUGUGAAAUCCCUGAGCGGUUUCCUUCCUCGCCUGUAUCUUUGUAGUGACUGGGUAUAUUGAUACAUAGUGUAAUUCAUAACUUCACCAUGCUCAAAGGGAUAUUCAAUGUCUGCUUUUUUUUUUACCCAUCUACCAAUAGGUGCCCUUCUUUGCGGGGCAUUAUCAGUUUUAGGGAAACUCAAAUAUGAUAUCUCAUCCCUACUAAGCUAUAUGGAAUUGUUUUAAGAAGGCCAUACCAAGGAUCAUUUAGCUGUUUGAUUUAGAAUUAAGACCCCUUGAAGUAUAAAAAAAUACAUAAAAAAAGUUGAAUAACAGAUUCACUACAUGGAAGAACAGAUAGUCCCAAACAAAUAUCAAAAGGAAGUUUGUUCUGAAGUGUCUCUCCUAUAUCUGAGAUACAAGAAAGAUCAGGAUUUGUUAUUUUUUAUUUUUUUUUUACAGAUAUUUAACCAUUUUUGCAGUAAAAGUUUCUCCAUAAUACUUCCAUAAAUGUUUUCAAUGGUACCGGGGCCUGCAGAACAGACAGAACAUCUUGUGAGGCCUGCAGACAGGGGUAAAUAGUGUGUGAGAGGUCUCACCUUGCACACAGGGGUCUAUAAUGUAGAUGGCGUACGACUUCAGAGAUAUGGCUGUGUAGCAAUGGCGUACCGACUUCAGAAGAGGGGUCAUAUUAGUGUGUAGCAGAUUGGCUGUACCGACUUCAGAAGAGGGGUCAUAUUAGUGUGUAGCAGAUUGGCUGUACCGACUUCAGAAGAGGGGUCAUAUUAGUGUGUAGCAGAUUGGCUGUACCGACUUCAGAAGAGGGGUCAUAUGUAGUGCUGUACCGACUUCAGAAGAGGGGUCAUAUUAGUGUGUAGCAGAUUGGCUGUACCGACUUCAGAAGAGGGGUCGUAAUAGUUUGUAGGCCAAACCGUUCGGACGCUACAGACUCAUUUGUGAGAAGACCAAUUUUCGGGAAGUCUCAUGGUCUGGCAAACACAACUCUAGUUCUGUCACCUUUCACCGCAGAUGCGGAAGUGCGACAUAGGCGGAUGCGGUGGAUUGAGUGUGCAAAAAAACAGAUACACUAUAUAUACAAAGGUAUGUGGACACCCUUUCUAAUUAGUGUAUUCGGCUAUUUUAGCCACACCAGUUGCUGACAGGUGUAUAAAAUCGAGCACACAGCCAUGCAAUCUCCAUAGACAAAGAUUGGCAGUAGAAUUACCUUCCUGAAGAGCUCAGUGACUUUCAACGUGACACCGUCAUUGGAUGCCAUCUUUCCAACAAGUCAGUUCGUCAAAUUUCUGCCCUGCUAGAGCUGCCCCGGUCAACUGUAAGUGCUGUUAUUGGGAAGUGGAAACGAAGAGUGGAGGCUGUUAUAGCAGCAAAGGGGGGACCAACUCCAUAUUAACGAUUUUGGAAUGAGAUGUUCGACGAGCAGGUGUCCACAUACUUUUGGUCAUGUAGUGUCUCUCUCUCUUGCUUAAACGGAUGGAUUUUUAUUAGGACGCUUUUAUUACGCUAAUUAGAUUUCCGCAGGGCGCGGACUUCGACCUCAAUGUCACAGUUGGCUCUAAAGAGUAACUGAAGUGUCCUGAUCCCUGACAGAGGAAGACAAGGUGCUAAGGUUCUGCAGUAUGCUGGUGGUGACACAGUCUCCCAGACUCCGGAGCCUAUCAAAGGGAUGGGUCUCUCCUCUGGCACGGUAACACAUUAGUGCAAAACCUUGUUAUGUGUUUGAGUGUUUAAGAUGAAUGGAACCAGGUAAUUAGUGUUUCUAGACUAGAGGGCUCAUCCAAUGAGAAGCUAACACUGGUGGUUUAAUAAUCAGUGUGUGUUUUUCUCUAGGGACAGCUCUAUGCCGGCUCAGAGUCUUGUCUGGUCCAGUUUCCGGUUAGUGACUGUGGUCGGUAUGGGUCCUGUCUGGACUGUAUCCUGGCCAGAGAUCCCUAUGGUUCCUGGGAGACCACCUCAGCAGCCUGCUCAUCUGUCCUCAACUUACCCACUGGCUCCAGGUAGGAUCCUAUUAAACUCUACAGCACUUUCACUCUAGAAUAACCACUGUUUGCAUUUACUAAUGGAACAAAUAUGAUUUCAAAUGUCUUUCGGCUAACAGGAGUUAUUUCUUUAUCUUUCAGGAACAUGCACCAAAGCCUUUUACAUGUGGAUUCCUCUAUGUACCCCCGAUCAGGUAGGUUCAUUUCUCAACUAGUGAAAUACUGUGAUGUUCGGCAGCACAAAGUUUAGCAAGUACCAACAUGAAGUAUGCUACAGGCCAAGUUAAGGGCACACAUUCAGUCACUGAGGGCUCUAUUCAAUCUGUAUCGUUGACUUACAGAUUGUACGAUAGAAAUGUAAAGGUAAUUUUCGAUUGAGCCUACAUAUUCAGCCUUUACCGUUAAUGCAGUCUGCGCUAACCCGAAAACAUUGCCCUUAAAUUUCAAUCACGCUGUAACGCUGAACUUCCACGAUACGGAUUGAAGAGAGCCCUGACUCUUUCCCCGGAUUGUGCAUAUGUUCUUUCCAGGUACUGUGCAGCCAGUUCCGUUCCCAUUCAUUGUUGGGAGCCCCAUCCACCUGCCGUGCCAACCAGCAUCCAACCUGGCACAGGUGAGCUGGCACUUUGCUAGGCAGCCCCUCCAGCUGAGAGACAGGUACCGGAUGAUGAGCCAGGACUUGUUGAUAGUGAGUGCUGUAGCUUCAGACGCUGGUCGGUACACCUGCCAGAGUCUGGAGGAGGUCAAAGGUCGACUCUACACCAGGACAGAGGCUGUCUACAUCCUGCAGCCCACAAAGACUCUACUGGUCCUGGCGUCACGAGUACUCUUGAUGCGCCGGAACAUCAGCAGAGAUCAGUUGAGCCACAGAGUCUUCAGGAUGGAGGAGGGGCUCCAGGAGCAC